AUGGUUGAUGUUGUAGGCUCGUUUCAUUGCGCAGCGGCAAGCCGCGAAGCUGCCGCCGCUGUGAUGGAGCUGGUAAAGCGUGAGGAGAUGCAGACGCUGCUGGGACCCGGGGCGACCAUACGCCGGCUGAUGGGCCUGUGGUGGCCGCGGCGGGGUCGAGGGCGCGCCCGGUCGGCUGUGUGCGCCGCCGUGUCGCUGGUCUCCCUCGCGUGGCUGCCGACUUUCUCCAGCCUCAAGCUCAUCAUUGACCCCCCACCAGAGCUGGAAGAGAUCGCAAUGUGCUAUCUGCUUGUUUUUGCAUGUACUGGAUUUCUGUCCAAAGCAGCUUUCUUCAUCUACAAAGGCGACACUAUGAAGCAACUGCUAGAACUGUUGUCAGACACGAGGAGACGCUAUUGUGACGGCGUGACCAGCGAGGUCAUCCGGCGCUCUUACCUACAGCAGUCACGUAGAGUUUUUCGCUAUAUGCAGGGAGCGAUUUGCUUGGCGAUGGUGUUUUGGGUCUCCACUCCGGUACUCGUCCGUGCUUUUCUCAGUUCCGACGAAGAUUCUCCUGAGUCGUAUCGUCUCUUUCCUGUGCCACUCUGGUUUCCGGGAAACAUUUAUCGAUCACCCACAUAUGAAAUACUCUACGGUGUUCAAUCUUUCAGCGUACUAGUAGCCGCUCAGUCUACGCUGAACUGGAAGUUUUGA